AAAAAACAAACAACGACAAAAACGCGGACUCGAGCCACCCCGGGCGUCCAAACGGGCCAGCGAGGCUCUGGGCUUCCAGCUGCUGUCUGAAGGUCUGGAGGUUUGGAGAUGGGCGUGGCAGUGUUUGGUACGCUCUUGGCUGCAAUGGAACAAAGCAAGAAGGAGCCUCAAGAGGUGCUGCAGCUUAUGCGAAGAAGGCUGCUUGAGUUGGACAUCAUCACCGCAAGCCACUCCAUGAGUUUGGCUUAUCAAGAUGGACGCUGGCACAGAGCAGUCAAUCUCUACCACCAACUCCUGGACGAUUCCCUGCGCUUGGACUCCAUCGCCGCGUCCACCGCUGCAAGCGCCGCAGCGGCGGGUCAUCUUUGGAGACCCGCCCUCCAGCUGAUGCGGAACUUGGCCGGGCGGCUGCUGGAGGUUGAUGCGCGGCAAGUGAAUGUGGGUAUGGCAGUUCUCGGCAGAGGCCAGCACUGGGACUCUGCCCUGAACCUGCUCGACAAGUAUCCAGCCGCAUCAAGAGAUGGAACCACUCACAACGCGCUGCUUGCAGCUGUGGCCAAAGGCGUGCAAUGGCUUGCUGCGGUGCUUCAGCUCGAGCAUCUCCAGGUGCGCCGAGUGAGGGCUGAUGCCUACACCUACAGCACGGCCAUAAGUGCUUGCUGCGAUGCCUGGAGAGAGGCUUGCCACGUGCUGGAGAUGCUACAGGCGUUCAGCGAGGAGCCGCCCACAAUGGCGUUCAAUGCUGCAACUAGCGCCUGCAGCAAAGGCGACCAGUGGCAGAGAUGCUUCCACCUCCUGGGCCUCGCCCGGGAGAGCGCAAGGCAAAGCGAGGAUACGCAAGACCAAGGCUUGACGCCUGGCUUCAAUGCGGCCAUCCAAGCAAGCGCUCGGUGCAGCAAUUUGCAGGCGGGGUUGCAGCUCUGGAACCAGUUUGCUGAUGGGCCUCGAGCUGUCAACAGCUGCUCUCGGCUGCUGACGGAAUGCGAGCAGACGGGCGAUCGAGGUGCCGAGGAGCAGCUUUUGGCGGAGCUGAAGUCCGGCUGGCUUUGGGCGCAGGGAGAUAUCCUGGCACUGCUGCCGGCACAACCCGAGUCAGGGCAGUGGCAGGCGAAGCUGCGCGAGGUCAGCCUCCCGGCCGUGAGGCCCAGGCCCAGGUUCCGGGUUUCCAGGAGACCGGCAGGGCUUGUCGGAGCCGCGAGUAGUGCAGGCUUUGCGACAGCACCAUAUGCCAAAGAGCUGGGGUUGCUGCUGCACGUCCUUCAGACGGCAGAAGCUGGCAGCCCGAGCUCGGUAUGUAGCAGCAUCGAGAGCUUCGGAAGCCAGGUGCUGGGCAAGGCACGAGCCUGGCUGAAGGUGGCUGGAAGUUCCAAGGCCUCGAUCCUUACCUGCGCAGCCAAAGGUGCAGUUCCGAACUCCAGGGUCCUGGAAAUUGGCACGUACUGCGGCUACUCUGCACUGCAGCUGGCCGUGGCACUGCCGAAAGCAAGGAUUGUUAGUGUGGAUGUGGAUCCCGCGCACGUGCUGAUCGCGAGAAAUGUGAUUGCGUUUGCAGGCUUGGAGCCACCACAAGUUGUGGUUUGGACGGGGCACAGCACUGCUGUGCUGAUGCGCUUGUGCAGUAACAGUACCAGGAGCAGCGCCUUUGGCGCAGUUUUCAUGGACCAGCGCGGCUCGCUUUACCACGAAGAUUUGCACAACUUGGAGCGCUCAGGGCUUUUGCGCCCCGGCGCUGUGGUGAUAGCAGACAAUGUUCUGAAACCUGGAGCUCCUUUGCUCCUGUGGCGGUUGGCGACCAGCCCAAAGUACAGCGUGCAGCAGCUUUCCGUGCAAGAAUUUGCCAUGCCAGUGGAGGACUGGAUGGCGGUCGCAGUUGUCAAAGACACAACUCCAGACCCUAUUCCGGCCAAAGAGGCCGUAGCACCAGAGUCAGCGAUGGAGCUGCAUAGACAGUCGGAUGAGAUCCGCGCCCGUGCACUCCUUCCUGGCCAAGGCGCGGCUGGGAUUUUUGUGGAACGCGAGAGGCACCUGGGAGAUGUCUGGCAAGAAUUGAUCGGCGAGGAUUGGAAAGAUGCACCACAAGUGCGUGUGAAAUCUCUGAUCGAGCACGCUGUCCGGGCGACCAGCUUGACGGCAGGUGCCCUGCCCCUGCCGGCGAGAGAUCGGCCCAGCGCCAGCUCCAAGCCAGCGUCGUCCGCUUCCAAAGUGCCUUCAACCUUACCCUCAACCUUGCCGCCGCAGAGCAAGCAGGCAUUUGCUGUGGAUACAGUUCAGAUCAGAGGUGGAUUCCAUACUCCUGAGCUGAACGCUGUCUACUUUCUGGACUCGUCUCUGCAGAUAGGCUCUCGAGCCACCUACUGGGAUGAGCGUCGACGCUUCUUCAUGUACUACCAGGCGGCCUUGAAAAGGUGGGCCAUUAGCGUGCAUGAUGCUGAGUCGACAGGAGAGGAUAUGCUGGAGAAUGCAAAGCGCGGGGGCUUGUGCGGCUUUGCCUUUGAGGUUGACAAGAGCUCAAACCAAUGGAUGGAGCACUGUGAAGGUAAAUGGAUCAAUGUCAAGAUUGACAUCCAGAAGUUAUGCACUGGUAGACGCGCAUCAGUCACUCAAGACAUCAACAAGUCCUUGCUGACAUCCUCCACGCCGAGAGUGCCAGAAACUCCCGAGACUCGGGACACCUCGCGGGAGGUCACUUUCGCGAUGCCUCUAAAGGCAGCAUCUGCUCUGGUACCCGCAGCUCCAGCAGCUUCGGUCGCUCCAGCAGCUCCGGUAGCUCCAGGAGCUACGGUAGCAGCUCCGGCCCGAGCUUCGGUGGCUCCAGUGACGGCUCCAUCAGCUGCAGCGCCAGUUGUGGCAUCUCCACCUGCGCCAAAGACGGACAGUCCGAUGGUCGCGCAGCUGGUGUUGGCAGAAGCUGAGACGACGGCUCCAGACAUGAGACAGGGGCACGAGGAGAAGAACCUGCAAGCAGAGCAAGAGGCCGAGGGCGGCGAAGACGAGCUGAGUACAGACCCAGAGGUCAAAGUUGAGAAAGACAAGAAGGAGCGCAAAAAGGACAAAGACAGCAAGAAGGCAAAGAAGCUGGAGAAGCAGGAACGAGCUCGUCGAAAGGAGAACAAGUUGAAGGAGAAGCUCCGCCAGGAAAUGCUGGCAGCCAGGGCGAACAAGUCAAAGGUGAGAGGUGAACACGUCUCCAAGAAGCAAUCUGCGUCGCCAAAGAAGCGGCACGAGGCAGACAAAGCCAAGCGCCGGAGAGUGGAGGCCUCUGCUGCCGAGAAGCCCGCGGCAAAGGGCGCGCCGAGGUCCGGCAAGGAAUCCCAAAGGCAGACCGCUGACUCGCCGGAGACGGCGAUGGUGCCGUGGCAGCCAAGCCGCGAGGACGCGGUGCCGCUGGGGCCGGCGGUGGCGGUGAAUCCUUUUUGGUCAGAAAAGGCCAAGGAGGAAGCGCAGCUCAAGGCGCUUCGCCCGAAGGAUCUGCCGGAGGUGGAGGAGGAACAAGGGUCGCUGGUAAGCCCGGGAGCGCUGCCGGUGGGCUCGAUCUACAGCGCGGAGAUCCCGGCGGGUGGCCUUGAUGAGCUCCUCGGUGCCUUCAAGCAGGUCAUCACGCAGAACCAGGCGCUCUGGCAAGAGAUGAAAAGCCUCAAGGAGCAGGUGCGUGAAGGCGGUGGAAGCAAGGCCAUGAAGGUGGUGAUCUGUUGGGUCUUCCGGGAGGAGGUGGCGUUGGCGGACCUUUGGUGCUGCGAGCACGACAAGGAGGACCUGGAGAUCAGAGCGGGUACCAAACCCCAACGGCGCUGGCGGGAGCCUAUGGUGGUGCACCGCCCGGAGGAGGACCUCGGGAGCGUCGAGCAGAUGAUGGUCCUGGAGGGCUUCAUCCUGAACAACCUCGAGGGGGAGAACCUGGUCGUGGAGGUGCGCAUCGCGGAGGUGGGCAAGGACCAGGAGAUCCUUCUGAAGGAGCGCUACUACCUGGCUAUGGAAACGGGUGGGUCACUGGACGUCAGGAUGCGGGUCUUCGGGGUGAGGGCCAGCCAUCGGGGCACGAAGGAGGUGGGUUUGGUGCGGCUGGUCGUCAUGCAGAUCAGCAUCUACCCGGCGGAGGGUUUCAUGGAGGGUGGCCCUAUAGCGCUGGUGGACCCGGAGGUCCCGGUGGAACCUCGCGAUGGAGAUGGCGGAGCCAAGAACUUCAGCGAGAACGAUGUGAAGGGCCAGGCCGUGAGGAAGGUCGAGGUGGAUGCAUCGGCGCCUACUACCGGGGCAGGGAAGACAUCACAGUCAGAUGGAAGUGAUGGUGAAGCAGUGCGGGGACUCAUUCAGGAAGCAGCGGGAUUGCUGAAGAGCUUGAGGGGCCCUGAGUUGAGGAGGAUUCAAGUGAGCUCCCUGGAGCGGUAUCCUUCGUACUGGGCUUGGGACGAGUGGAAACGGUUCAAGAAGGCCUACAAGAUGAAGGAGUACCACUUCGAUCAGGGGCCCUUUGGCCACGCAAAGACGAAGCCUACGACGAUAGGCACCAACAUGGAGAUGCUCGAGCAGCUGGACGGUGUCCUGGUCGAGGAGACGUACCGGAGGCGGUGA